AUGUCGGCAAGCACUCAUCACCAAAUCCAAGACUACUCCUUAUCUUCUCUGGCGCCUCCGUUGGAAUGCAUUCCUUCGGUUUCACCGUACACUCAAUCCUUUGAUACCUUUACCACGCAAGAGUCGGAUCUUUGGGCAGAGCCGCAUCUGUCCAUUGCCAAUACCGACUGGAACUUUGACCCUCUUGAACCUCCUCCUGCGCUUUAUACCUCCGGCUUUGACGGUGUCCAUGUAACCGUUAAUGACGAGGCUUACGGUGUACCCUCCACCUUCGACUCACUUUCUGACUCGGGAUGCAACGAGCCUCGACCUCUUCCUCCUUCUCUCAUUCCAAGUCCGUCUAAUACUCAGGACGGAUACGCGCAUGCUUCGCCCAUCUCCCAGAUUCCCGGCUCCGUCUCAACAUCUCAAUCUAGCCCUGCGACUUCACAGGGUGACGACGUGCUGACCCGCGUGGACUCGUCUCGCGUUGAAAAACGGAGACUGAACACCCUUGCGGCGCAGAGAUGUCGUCAGAGACGGGUUGACCGGAUGAAGAGUCUUGAAGCUGAAUUAGAAAGCGUACGAAGGGAGAGGGAUGAGUUGAGACUCAAGGUCUCCAAGUUGGAAGGCGAAACGGAGGCUCUCAAGGGGCUUCUGACUCGAAAGAGCAAAUGA